UCCAGUCCUCCGGCAGCGCGGAGCAGAGACGGGUGGUUCAAGGGAUUUGAGCUCGUCUGUCAUCGUUAAAAACUUCUAGACUAGAAACAAGCUCUUACUUUUUCUUCUCACUAAUUUCCCGUUUUUAAAAACAAAAAAAUUGUUUGUUUUUUUAAGGCAAAUGUCGCUGGAAAAAACGGGGAAAAGCAGAAGAAGAAGCGUCGCGCGGCUCUCCAUCAGCUCCACUCUUCACCUUCACUCGGACCGUUCUCUGAGCGCACGGGAAUUCCAGCCAGCCGGGAGUGGCGAGGAUGCAAGAAGCCCUGCUGCUCAUUAUGCUACUGCCCAGAUAGAAGAUGGGAGACAAUAUGCACCCCUCUCCCUCCCUCCAUCACCACCUUCAGAAACCAUGUUGAAAAGCUGCCGAUGAGCCAACAUUUUUUUAAGUACCGGCCAUGGCUGCCCAUCGAAUCAUCAGAGUGACUAACAACAACCACAUCCUGCCUCGAUGUAAGUCUGAGGGGACGCUCAUCGACCUCAGUGAAGGGGUGUCUGGGGCCAGUCUCAGCGAUGUCAAAGUGCCUUCUCCGAGUGCCUUAAGGCUGGACACUUCAGCCUCCUAUGGAGCUGCACAGGAAGUUGUUGCCAUAAAGGAUUAUUGCCCAAGCAGCUUUACCACUCUCAAAUUCUCCAAAGGUGAUCGUCUGUAUGUGCUGGACACAUCAGGGGGAGAAUGGUGGUAUGCCCACAACAACACAGAAAUGGGAUACAUCCCAGCCGCAUAUGUCCAGCCGGUCAGCUUCAGGAACUCUUCGCUGAGCGACAGUGGGAUGAUUGACAGUGCUGGGGAGGGGUAUGAGGAUGGACUAAAGGAAUCUGGAGGUCUCGGAGAGUGGACAGCAGUGAGUCUAAGGCCCUCUCCAAUUUACAACAACAGCCACUUUUCUGCAAACCCCUUUAUCUGUCCCUUAGAUCAAAACUGCAAAGAGGCAGGUGUGAGACACUCAGCAGAUCUCAAUUUCUUUGAUGCUCUGGCAUCACCAUCGACAUGCUCCAGCUUUAGUACUAGUACAAUCGUGAACAAUGGGUUUCACAGCUAUAAUUUUAACAGUACUAACCCCAUCAGCCCCAUCCAAGAGAUUACACCUAACCUCCACAGGGAUAAUCCAUUUUUCAGGAGUAAGCGUUCCCACAGUCUGUCUGAACUGUCCGUGCUACAAGCACAAUCAAAUGCAACCUUACCUUCUUCUGGAUUCUUCACGGGCCUUAAGGCUCCUUCACCGGAGCAGUUUCAGAGCAGGGAGGACUUCAGGACUGCGUGGCUAAACCACAGAAAGCUAGCCAGGUCUUGCCAUGACCUUGACUCUCUGGGUCAGAGUCCAGGAUGGGGGCAGACACAGCCGGUGGAGACCAACAUAGUGUGCAGGUUGGACUGUAAUGGAGGGGUUGUUCAGCUUCCAGACACCCACAUAAGCGUGCACAUUCCAGAGGGACACGUUAGCCAUGGAGACCACCAGCAGAUCUCCUUGAAAGCCUUACUAGACCCUCCUCUGGAACUAAAUAAUGAUCACUGCUCUACCAUAAGCCCUGUGGUGGAACUCAAGCUCAGCAACAUGGAGACCAAGUCUUUCAUCACGCUGGAGAUGAAGGUAUCAGUAACUGUGAAGAGAGAGAGCUGUCACACUGCUGAAGUGGUUUGUGUUCGUAGUGAUUUUAAAGAAGGGCCUUAUACACCAAUCCCUAAUGCUUACAUAUACAAGGAUACAGUGCAGGUACAGCUGGAUAGUCUCGAGCCCUGCAUAUACGUGGCUGUUGUGGUUCAGUCACAGUACCUCAGCCACAAUACAACUGUUUGGGACCACGUGCAGAAGAAGGUAACUUUGGGUGUAUAUGGACCCAAGCACAUUCACCCAUCCUUCAAGACAGUUGUGGCCAUGUUUGGGCAUGACUGUGCUCCUAAAACCUUGCUGGUAAAUGAAGUCGGCCGGCAGUCUAGCUCAACUCCGCCAGUGGCCCUCCAGCUGUGGGGGAAGCACCAGUUUGUUUUGGGAUACCCUCAGGACCUCAAGGUUGGUUUGUACUCCAACAUGUCCAACUACCAGGUAAAGGCAAGCGAGGGUGCUGGCAUGAUUCGUGGAUUUCAGGUAAAACUGGGGAAAGUGAGCAGACUCCUGUACAUGAUCACAUCGCACAACCCCAGCAGCAUCUCAGACUUUACUCUCAGGGUCCAAGUCAAAGAUGCCCUCGAUUGUAUCCUGACUCAGUUCUGCGUCCAAACCCCACAGCCACCGCCAAAGACAGGCGCAAGGAUUACAGGCCAGAGGAGGUUCUUGAAAAAGAAAGAGGUGGAUAAGAUUGUCCUCUCACCUUUAGCUGUCACCUCAAAAUACCCCAAAUUUCAGGAGCGGGGCAUUACAAACCUGAAAUUUGGGAAACUGAUAAAAACAGUUAUCAGACAGCACAAAAGUACCUAUUUGUUGGAGUACAAGAAGGGGGAUGUUAUUGCCUUGCUCAGUGAGGAGAAAAUCAAACUACGAGGGCAGCUGCGGACCAAAGAAUGGUACAUUGGAUACUAUCAGGGGAAGAUGGGGCUUGUCCACGCCAAAAACGUUUUGGUUCUGGGUAAGGUCAAGCCCAUUUAUUGGUGUGGACCGGACUUAACGACCACAAUGCUGCUGGAGCAGAUCCUGAAGCCUUGCAAAUUUCUUACUUAUAUUUAUGCGACUGUGAGGACGGUUUUAAUGGAGAACGUUGGUAGCUGGAGGGCAUUUGCGGACGCACUUGGGUAUGGGAAUUUGCCAUUGAAUUAUUUUUGUCGGACUGAGUUGGACAAUGAACCAGAGAAGGUGGCAUCAGUUCUGGAGAAACUCAAAGAGGAAUGCACCAAUAUGGAGAAUAAGGAGAGGAAGUCCUUCCAAAGGGAACUCAUGAUGGCAUUGCUGAAGAUGGACUCCCAGGGUCUGGUUGCCAGGUUGGUCCUGGAUUUUGUCUUGUUGACUACAGCAGUAGAGGUGGCAUCCCGGUGGAGGGAGCUUGCUGAGAAGCUGGCCCGAGUCUCCAAACAGCAAAUGGAGGCUUAUGAGGCUCCACAUCGAGACAAGAAUGGUCUAUUGGAUAACGAGUCUAUGUGGAAACCAGCCUAUGACUUCCUGCUGACGUGGGCCGCCCAUGUUGGGGAUAGCUACCGAGAUGUGAUCCAGGAGCUCCACCUUGGCCUGGACAAGAUGAGGAACCCCAUCACCAAGAGGUGGAAGCACCUAACGGGCACACUUAUACUUGUCAACUGCCUCGAUACCCUUCGCAGUGCGGCCUUCUGUCCUACAGGAUAUGGAGAUUUUGCUGUGUGAAAUGUGUGACAGAAGAUUUGAUGGCUGGGAUAGUAACUAAAGCUCAAUUCUGGGAUUUCUGUCCAGAGUUUUGUUGACUCGUGAACGGAAGUUGUCGAAAGAAUGGUACUCACAACAUGUCUGGAGUGGAUAUUUUCUUUGAAAGAAAAAAAAAACGUGUAGUUUUAGGGCAGUGUGAAGAAUCUAGACCAUCAGGUCUACUGUGUACAUCCUGCUCUCUUGUCUGGACUCUCGCAUCCACAUCAUAGCAGCACUGAUUGGUUGUUGAUUAGUUACGCACCAGAAGUAGCAAUGCCACUUUCUGGCUCAAAAUACAUUGUGAAAAUAGAUAAUCUGGCUCUUUGUGUUUUUAAGCAUCAUGCUGUCCCUUUCUAUCCCUUUCUUGUGGUCUCUACCUCUUAUGUUGUUUCUGCUUUUCUUUCCUAUAUUCUUCUUAAUCUCUUUUCUACCUCACACUUUGUCCUUUCAACUAUGUUUUGAUGGCUUUCAGAAUUACAUGCUGCUUUUUUCUGUGUUCCUCUCAGCUUCCCCUUAUGCUUCAGUAAAUGGCAUUUUCAGGCUUCUGUCCUAAUGUUUUUCUGUCACUGUAUAUUUCCUUGCUUCACCCUCAGGACAGCAUCACUCCUCAUCGCUGCAGUACAGUGACAUUUCCACCUCCUUAUAUGUUGAUCUGACCUUCCUACAGAACCGAGUGUGCUUAUUAUCUCAACUUUCAUACAUACACAGAUUUUUCCUCCAUUUGUCGUGGCCAUUUUUGUUCAUUUGACUGUAUCUCACAAGCAUUUUUAAUUAUAAAAAAAGUUCUUUAAUCAAAACAAAUGAGAAAAAGUUUCAUAUAUUAAAACAGUACAAGAAUUGCCAGUGAUUAGCUUGCCAAAAACUAUUAGCUUGCUGACAGGGACUGUCUGUGUAGUAAAGCUGCAAUACAUCUGUUAAUGCAAGUAAUUUUUAUACUUACAUAAACAUUUGUUUUUCUUAGUUUGGAUUUAUUCUUGAUGGGCUCCACUUACAUAACAAACUAAAGAUUUAGUUGCUCAAUAUCCCUAGAUGAAAUUGGUCCCAAAGAGCAUACUGUACAAAAAACUCCUUGAAAUUGCUUUGGUCACUACAGCAGUCACCUGUAGUUUGCAUGGAAGACAUCUACUUGUCUGCAAACACUUCCCAAAGUAAAAGAUUUACUGAGCAAGCCAACAUAUUACAAAGGUCUCUAUUUCUAGUUUGUAUGAUACUUUUCACAGUUUUGCUGGCACUUGGCGAGUAAAGACAAUCCAAUAUCUUCCAUCCAAACUAGACAAAGACACAACAAUUUGCUAGUAACCAAAGCAAUGACAAGAAGAUUUUUUGGUGAAGCACUGUUUACAUCUUUGUAGCUAAUUUCACCUAAUGACUGCCGGCAACCUCCAGCAAUCAUUCGCCAAUACAGUUAGCUAACAAUGUUAGCAUGCUGCAUUUUGACAAAGGGAUGCAUUAUUAAUUUUGAAUUCCAAAACCAAAUUGCAAUGUUAGUUCAGUGUUAAAAUCCAGUCAACUGGGAAACAGUAUCUGUUUGUUUACUCUCACAUCACCAGCUAUUUUUUGGUCCAAAUGCUUAAGCAGCAUUGAGAGUUAAAGACAUCCAAUUACUUUCAGCUCCAGUACUCAGUGGGACUGUUUUCCCAUGUGUGGUAGUUAGGUUUUCAUUACUAGGCAUCCAUGAAGAAGAUGCAAAGUUUACAGGAACUGGAAGAUAUAAGAGAAAGUUAGCUAGCUGGCUAGUUGCUAUCUGGAGAUGUUAUAUCAUGUUCUGACUGAAGUAUUUCUUUAAAAAAAAACUGAACUGCUAUGGCUAUUGACCUAAACAAUAAAAGAAAACUAAAUACCAGAAAUGUUUGGAGGGUUAGUAAAGUUUGGCUAGUUGACAGAAUUAUGUGAUAUGUUACUUACAGAGCCAACUAUAAGCUAAUUUAACACAGGGAUGAUGCAAGAUGAAACUUACAUUGUUCUCUAACUUAAACACUACUAACACUACUGCGAGUACACUAAUUGAAAAAGAAAAAGGCUUAGGGGCCAAGAAUGACAGCUGAAUUUUGUUUUGGAGCUCUAGUCAUUUCAGCGGAUAACAUUAGUUUGCUUGCUAGCUAGCAUAGAUUAGCAAAUUCAGUUUUCAACAUGUAACAUGGCUGCAAAUACAAAUAGUUUCAUUAAUUGAGACUUGUGAAAAUUAAAGUGAAAUGCAUUUUCCUUUAUUUGUUAACCUUACUGAAAUCCAGAAUACUUAUAUGUAUUUUCAAAAUGUUUGCUUUUUUUUCAGAUGGCUGAAAAUGUUUCAGUGCAUUCUCACGUCCUAACCCCAUACUCUUUAUUAGUUACACAAAAAUGUCAAAUGUGUUUGUUUUCAUUAAAACAACUAGACGAACUAAACCAUCAGAAAUAUCUUUUUUAAGCUUUUAUUUAGUUUUUGUUGGGGUUUUUUGUCUUUUCAAAUGUUCUUGAUUCUGUGACUUUCAGCACGAAUAAUCAAUCCACUUUGAUGCUUUUUGGCGGGGUUUUGUGCUUUUCUUGUUUAUCUCCAUUAUAUUUUUGUGACCGCUGCAAUGUUUAGAAUAUGAACGUUUUCCGAGCAGAAAAUUUGCAAGUUUAUAUAUUUGUACCAAACACCGACUGUAUUGACACAUUUGUAAGUGAUGCUUUAUCACAUGUGAGAAUUUGCAGAUCUGUUCAGUGUUUCUGUUCAGUAUCAAUAAAACCAAAAAUG